GUCUGGAUGUUUUUCUUGGAUAGCAUUAAAUGAGAAAUACCUCUUUGUUGCGCCGAACUACGUACGCUACUGACGUUUGAUACAUCAGGUGACGCUAGCUGUUGUGCACAUGCACCAAUAUCUGUCGCGCAAGUGUCGUGAGUCGCGAUUUUUUCGACUCCGUUAGUAGGUAGUAUAGAAUAUUAGCUAGUUAAUGCGCGAGAUUCGCAGUCGGUCGCGGACAGUCGCGAACGGUGCGGGUUGAUUGGAUGAGGUGCGUCUUGAGUGUCGAGGGACUCGCUCAAGACAGACGUGUGACUUGACCAUUGCCGGUGUCGUUUGCGCGAGAUCUUUCGUUUUUUUUUUCUAAUGAGUGUCACUCCGAUCUGGCGUGGAAGACGUGUCACGCCAUCGUCGGUUCUUCGCGCGGUGGACAUUACUUCUGCUAGACAAGCGACGCUCGAGGUCGAGGACAGUCGCCCACACGUCGAUUAUCCUAUCGUUAGUUCCUACAAUAAAGAGAUAUAGCCGCACGAAUUGAGAUAUCGGUAUAAUAUAAUACGCACAUGUGCUUCUUGUGUACUGGCUCUUGUCAGUAAUGCGAUGCGGACAAAGUUAUAACUACACGAAACGGGAGCGAUGUCAAUAAAAGGCGGGCAAGUUAAAGGGUUAAUUAGACAUUUACCCACUCGCUUAUCGAAAAAAUUAUUUGUAUAAGCGAGAGCUACAGCGAGUCAUUUGAGUCUAAGCAAUGAGCCCAUUAAGUCACAAAAAUAAUAAUACUAACAAUAAUACUAUUCCAAAAAAUAUGGAGACAUCUAAUGGAUAUUCUGCUGGUGAUACCAUGGCCAAAGAACUGAGAAAUCAUUCAUCUCCUUGUGAGUCAAUGGAUUCAAUGCCUUGGUUUGGGAUGGAUAUUGGUGGCACAUUAUCUAAAUUAGUAUACUUUGAACCAAAGGACAUUACAAGAGAUGAAGCAGAUGCAGAAAUAGAAACGUUAAAAAAUAUUCGUCGUUAUCUAACUAAGAAUUCAGCAUACGGGAAAACUGGCCAUCGCGAUACUCAUUUGCAAAUGGAUAAUGUUUGUAUUAGAGGUAGAAGAGGAACGUUACAUUUUAUUAGAUUUCCCACAAGCGAAAUGAAAAAUUUUUUAGCGCUAGCAAAGUCAAAGGGCAUGGCGAAUCUUGUGACCACCGUGUGUGCCACAGGCGGUGGUGCCUUCAAGUUCGAGGAGAAUUUUAAAAAGGAAGUAAAUAUGAGUUUAGCCAAAUUCGAUGAAUUGUAUAGCUUGAUACGUGGAAUGCUCUACAUAGAAACCACCAAUCCACGUGAGUGCUAUUAUUGGUCAAAUCCCACCGACGACAGCAAAUGUCAAAAAGUACCUUACGAUUUUUCCGAACCAUAUCCGUUCUUGCUUGUUAACAUAGGCUCCGGAGUGAGCAUAUUAGGUGUAUAUGGACCAGAAAACUUCAAGAGAAUAUCUGGAACGAGUUUAGGAGGUGGUACUUUCUUGGGACUGUGUUGUUUACUUACUGGUUGCACCACCUUCGAGGAGGCAAUAGAGUUGGCAACAGGCGGCGAUAACACAAAAGUAGAUAAGUUGGUCAGGGAUAUAUACGGCGGCGAUUACGGUCCCUUCGAUCUUCCCGGAGAUCUAGUAGCGAGCAGUUUUGGACAAAUGAAUUCCAAAGAACGUAGAAACGCUGUUACGAAAGAAGAUCUAGCACGUGCAACGCUUGUUACCAUCACAAAUAAUAUCGGCUCGAUCGCGCGCAUGUGCGCUCUUAAUGAAAAAAUUGAGAGAGUUGUAUUUGCUGGAAAUUUUCUCAGAGUGAAUCCCAUAUCAAUGAAAUUACUGGCCUAUGCAAUGGAUUACUGGUCUAAAGGAACCUUGAAAGCUCUGUUUUUGGAACACGAAGGAUAUUUCGGUGCGGUGGGUUGCCUGUUACAAUACAACGGCUAAUCGAGCUAAAUAUAACAAAAGAUGUUGAGAAGAACAGUUACGCAACAUGCAGCAUUCCAUGUGACCACAUCAUCUACAGUAUGAAUUUUCCAGUAUGUGAAGAAGAGAUCGUUACGAUAUAAAAAUAUUUUUGUUACAUUUCUUUUUAUUCGGGAAUUUCUACUGAGUAAUCGUUUAAUGAUACGACGAAGAACAAGAACUUCGCGAAAAUAUGAUUAAGUAAGUUAAUCUAUAAUUUAUUACACACAGUGUUUAUGUGUAGGAAAAAGUGGUUGUGUGUGGGGAUAUAUAUACAUAUAUGUUUUUUUUCUUUUUGUCUUACCUUAUUUUGAUAUCACUGUUCGAUUAUAUGAGCACAAAUAUGUAGCAUGACACGUUAUAAGUGGACCAAAUCCACAUAAGGAUUAAGGGCUGCCUCUUCUCCCGAUGUUCGUUACAUGCCGUAAAUAGACUAGUUCUCUACCUCAUAAUUUAUAUCGUAAAAAAUUUUUCUACGGAUGCACAGAUUUUUAUGUACAUUAAUGACCGUGAUCGAUAUUACACUUGCACAUCUUUUCGUAAAUUUUAUAUAAUUGACUAAAAAAUAAACAACACUUACAAAAAGUCCUUGGCGCGCGCACCAAUUGUUAAUAUUUGUAAUUUUGUUGCCGUAUUAUUAUUCUAUAUAUGUUACACAGACAUUUCGUAUAAUAUGAGAAGUUUUUUAAUCAAGUAUUAACGGAAUGUUUGCCAAACCGUUUAUUUACAUGUGGUAGCAGUUGAUGAGCAAAGAACGAAAAAUUUUUUUUACAUCGUUUAACAUUGCUUCUGUGAGAAGGAUUUGCAUUAGAAAAUACUUUAGAUAACAAAAAAAUGCAAAUCCAUAUUCUAAUUUUGCGAAGCAUGAUGACUAUAUACAUGAUAUAAAAAGAAACGAACGCGAAAAUAUAUAUCAUUAAAUAUUCAUUGUAAAGAAGAUACAUAUUACAUGUAUUUCUCGAGAAUGUUGUCUAAUGUGUAUCUUCUAUUUUUUUACCUAUUUAAAAUGUGACAAU